AUGGAAAUUGACGACGGCCAACUUAUAGAAAUUGUUCGACAAUUUUCAAUAAUUUAUGAUAUGAAACAUCAAGAUUAUAGGAAUCAUGAAAAAAAAAGCAAUGCCUGGAAAACUAUCAGUGAAACCAUGCACCGCCCAGCUGCAGAAUGUGAAGCGCGUUGGGCUACCCUUCGAAACUUGUUUACCAGAGAAUCGAAAAAAGUUAAAGUGGUACCUUCUGGUUCAGGUGGAAAGGGGAAGACGUGGGUUUGGUUGGAGGAAAUGGGGUUUCUCUCUGAAUAUGUUCGAAGAAGGAAGACAAAAGGUAAUGUAUCCAAACCUCUACAAAGUCAGGAAAUAGAAGAUUCAAGUCAAUCUGAUAAUGUAUGGGAUACCAUGUCUGAAAUAUUCAAUACAAAUGAACCACAACAUAUUGAGGAAGCAGGGCGUGAUGAAAAUCUUGAUCCCAUGUCAGAUAUUGAGCUAGUCAGUGAUGAUGCAGAGCCAGAAAGAACUGCCACAGGAAAAAGAAAAUUGAACCAUGAAGAACCUCUUCCUGGUACCACAACUUCAACUACACCUGCCAAAAAAUCUUCACCAUCUAUUAGCAUUUUGCGAAAUGAGCGCCAAGAGAAGAGGAGAAAGAUAAGUCAGCAAUCAACACUCAUUGAAACAAUGAAUAGUGCUUGGUCUAAAUUUGACAAAGUUAUCAACCAAAGCAGCCAAAAAGAGGAACAACCUGAUUGUUUAUUCGGAAGGAUAGUGGCUGCUGAAUUAGGGAGCAUUGAAAAUAUCAAUGUCAAAUUCACUGCCAAGCAGGAAAUAAUCAAGAUUCUUCACCUGGCAAAAAUGAACAGAUGCAAUAAACUUUGUCAAGUUUGAACUGAAGCACAUGGGAAGGUAUAUAUUGUGAAAUUCUUUGAUGGUUUUUAAAUAUCUACCCAGGUAUACCUUCCCUUGUUCUGUGUUUAGAAAUGGACAACCUGUGAGAUUUAUGAUCAUUUUUGUUUUAUGUCAGUUCCUAUAUUUUUUUAUCUGACUGAGAAUGUUACUUAUGUUGUUUUUUCCCUUUUAAUAAUAUCAUUUUCAUUUCUUGUACCUGUUUUGUUGAAAGAGAAUUAUUUUUUAUUUUAGCAAACC